AUAAUUUAUCGAUUGUAAUGUUACGGCAUUUUUCAAUGUAGCCGAUCACCUACACUAAUAUAUUUUCAUUGCUUUCAAAUGAUUGGUGGUUAGUACAAAGAACAGGGGGGUGGAAAUAUAUGUGCGUUUCCAUUGGUUAGAAAUACGAAUAAAAAUGUUGACGUUAAACCAGUUGUGAUGAAGUGACGAUUGUGCAGUCAUGGCGUCCAUUGGCAGACUCCUGGUGAAGGACUCUGUAUUGCUGCUAUGUGACAUGCAAGAGAAGUUCCGCCCCAACAUCGUCCAUUUCACCAACAUUUUGAGCAAUGCAGCCAGAGUGCUACAGGCCUGUCGAAUUCUGGGAAUUCCCCCGAUCGUGACAGAGCAGUACCCCAGGGGUCUGGGACCCACUGUGCCUGAGCUUGGGGCCUCAGACCUCAAACCUCAUGAAAAAACCCAGUUUUCCAUGCUGACCGAGGGGGUGGAGAGGGAACUACAGGCCCUUGGCGGACCAAAGAAGGCUAUUCUGUGCGGAAUUGAGACUCAGGCAUGCAUUGCGUGCACAACCUUUGACCUCUUGGAGAGAGGCAUGGAGGUUCAUAUUGUAGCUGAUGCUGUCUCCUCCAGAAGUCAGACAGACCGGUUAUUUGCCCUGUCUCGUUUGAGGCAGAGUGGGGCCUUCCUCACCACAACAGAGGCGGUUCUACUGCAGCUGGUGCAGGACGCCAAACACCCCAAUUUCAAGGAGAUCCAGAAGUUGCUGGCUCACCCCUCCCCAGACACUGAACUUCUCUCUUUCUUCAGCUCUCUGUAGAGAGAAAAAGGAAGUAACUUACUAUGGUGUAGACAUUCUAGCACAUCAAAGUGUCUGUAAAUAUGUCAGUGGACACACAUGGAAGGUCUGAUAGCCCAGAUAUGGCAAUAAAUAAAACCAGUGACAACUUA